UAAUGCAGAGAAACCGAAUAUUUGGAUGAUCAAAUAUGGAGGAUAUCCUUGGGGACGCUCUUAAGGGGCGUCAAACGAAACGAGCAGUGCGCUACUUACUCUACUAGUCUACUGUUGUUGCCCACCCUGCAGACACACGUACUCCUACGCAGCUUUUCCCUUUCCACUUCUUCCCCCUUCCAUUCUCAUUCCCCACCCAUUCCUCCUUCCUCCACCGUUGCCUGCCUCCUGUAGUAGCAGUAGCUACUACCCCAUUGCCAUUGCCAUGGGGUGCCCGCCGCCCUAGGCCCCGCCCCCCCGCCUGCCGUAACGCCCAUGGAGCCCAAGGUGGCGGCGGUUCUGUCGCAGCAGGAGGAGGGUGCAUGCGCCUCCACGGCUCCUCGUCGUCCCCACGACGAGGAGGUGCCGCUGCGGGUGCGGCUCGGGAGGGCCAGGAGGCGGGCGGGGCCCUGCACGCCGUCCCCGUCGUGGAAGCUGGAGGGAGAGGAGGAGGUGGCGCCGGAGCUGGCUCCGGUUCACCCUGCGGUGGUGGUGGCGGCGCCCCCCAGGCGGAGCACCGCCUCCGCGUCCGUCUCGGCCUCCGCGCGGCAGCUGGGCGCCAGCCUGUGGGAGAUCCACGACGUGGUGCGGGAGGGGCGACGCGGCGCCGGGUCGCGGAGGCGCAUGGCCGGGAGGCCGCUCGCCGCCGUCGAGCUGCAUCAGCCUCAGAACUCAGAUAGCGUUGGUAGGCAUCUUGCAAAUUCAUCGACGAAUCAUAAUAAGUUAAAUCAAGCAAGAAAUUGUACAGGACAACCUUUUUCUCCUCGAAGCUACACAAGCUCAAUCGGGGAUUCCAGUAUAAAUCAAGCAAUCAGUCCAGCUCGCUCUUUGGAUAUCAAGGGUAGAUUUAGUGGGGCUGGUUAUAACCUUAAGACACCAACAGAACUCUUGAAGGUUCUAAAUCGAAUCUGGAGCCUGGAAGAACAACAUACCGCUGAUAUGUCAGUGAUUAAUGGACUAAAAUUGGAGCUACAGCAGGCGCAGGAACAUAUUCAAGAGCUUAUGCAUGAGAGACGAGGAUAUCGCCAUGAUGUUGCUUCACUAGUGAGGCAACUCUCUGAGGACAAGUUUUUCCAGAAAAAUAAAGACAAAGGGAAGAUUGCAGCAGACAUUCGUUCCCUGCAAGAUGAACUGGAGGAUGAGAAACGCCUUAGGAGACAUUCUGAAGGCCUUCACAGGAAGUAUGGUAAGGAGUUGUCUGAGAUAAAAUUAGCAUUUGUUAAGGCAGUUAAGGACCUUGAGAAAGAGAAGAAAGCAAAGAGCCUUUUAGAAGACCUUUGUGACCAAUUUGCAAUGGGAAUCCGAGACUAUGAAGAGGAAGUCAGGGCAUUGAAACAAAGGCAUGUAAAUUAUGAAUAUCAGUUUGAUAAGUCAGCGCUUCAUAUAUCAGAAGCAUGGCUUGACGAGAGAAUGCAAAUGCAAAAUACUGAUAUCGAGGAAGACUUACUGAAGAAAUCAACAAUAACAGAGAGGCUAACAAGUGAAAUAGAGGCAUUUCUUGCCAAAAAAUCAGUUAGCUCUAAGAAUAAUGACAAAUACAUGCAUAGUAGACGAGAUGCUAGCUUACGUCGGCAAUCCCUUGAGUCUGUCCAUUUUAAUGGAGCUACUAGUGCUCCUCGGCUAGCUGAAGAAGAUGACGAUGAUUCUGUUGCCAGUGAUCUGCAUUGCUUUGAGCUCAACAUGCAUGGAAAUAGCAUUCAGAAACAUGACCAUACAGGGUCUUGCAGAAGCUACACAGGCAACAUGGAUGCACCUAAGAGAAGAUCAGAACACUCGCAUAGUGUAGUUGGUGAGAGCUCACAUAUGUCUGACAUGCAAAUUUAUUCACACGAAAGCAAGGCAAGAUCCAGUAGCAGCAAGCCAUGGCAUACCACUAGAACUCAAGAAAUCGGCUCACAGACCAGCAGGAGUGCUAGAAUAAUUCCAGCAGAGGAGCAUAAUGAAAUCAAUUGUACCCAUAUUUCUCAAGGAUCUCACAACGAUACAUCAACGAACAACUUGGGGGGUUGUGCUGACUGUCUGGGGCAAGAAUCGCUUGAUCAUUACUCACGGACUAGUCUGUUUUGUGAAGGAACUACUUCAGGGGAUUUAUGCAAUCCACACAGUCCAUCAAGGCAGCUUGAUUAUCAGUCCACAUCAUUGGGCCAUGAGAUAGCUGAAUGCUCAACAGGGCUGCCAGUAGGCAUGAAGAACACCCUAAAGGCAAAAUUACUUCAAGCAAGGCUAGAGGGGAGGCAUGCCAGAUUGAAGGCAUCAGGAGGUUCAGUAACCAGCAAGAGAAAAUGAGUGCGGCCAAUCUGUUGUAGUUUCUUCUUUAUUCGACGCCCACUCAGUAGAUGGCUUAUAUAGCUGCAGUAUUUUCUAUAUUGCAAGCUGUAGAAUCUUUUACUCUAGAUUGCAUCUGGCUGAGCUUAUCUGUAAAUUUACCCUUGUAGCUAUCCAGGACGGCAGAGUUCAAGAACUCAACUUUUUAGAAGGAUUUUGUUUGUGCCAUCUGUAUAUUUAUGACCUUUUUUGCUGAUCUUCUCCAUUGGCCAUGGCAUUGGGAUGCCGAUCUCAUGCAUCAACUGACAUCUCUUCAUGUCCCUCAUAUCAUAUCAUUAAAGACCUGUACCUGAUAGUACCAUUAAUGUUCUGUC